UUUUGGGUAAUUUCUCACAGAUUUUUGUUAUUUCCCCCAGAUCCGGAUGAUGCGCAAGCCGGGGCGCGCCGAGCGCACGGCCGUGGUGGUGGGCACGGUCACCGACGACGUUCGCAUCCAGGACGUGCCCAAGCUCAAGGUGUGCGCCCUGCGGGUGACGCGCGGCGCCCGCUCGCGGAUCCUCCGGGCCGGGGGCUCCAUCCUCACCUUCGACCAGCUGGCCAUGGCCACCCCCAAGGGCAAGGGCACCGUGCUGCUCUCAGGUGGGCAAAGACCCCUCCCCAAAUUCACAAAAAUCCCAAAAUCCCCGUUAAAUUAUCCUGAAUAACUUUAAAAUAACAUA